AUGACUGAUGAAAUUCUUGGAAAACCAUCAACUUCAGCAUCAUCACAACAGUUGGGAGAAGUUUGCUCAGUUCCCACCUCACAAGCAGAAAAUCUUGAUGUAACUACAGUAGAACCCAUUGAGGAGCAUUCUUCAGAAGCAACCAGUCACCUCUCUAGAGCUAACAGAAGACUAGGAUGUACAAGAAGGUUGAUUAGAGGUACCAGAAGUACAAGAGGAGUAUUAAAUAAGGCAUUGCAGCAAUUGGACAGCACUGUAGCUACUUUUAUCAAAAGCCAGAUCACACUGGCUAGUGAAUCACAGGGACGCAGAUAUAGCUUAGAAGACAAAUUGAUGGGACUUAUACUUCAUAAACAAAGUGAGCGAGCCAUGUAG